AAAUAUAGAUAGAUGGAGGACUACUUAAAUUCCCGAAGUUGACAUAUACAGAUUUCAAAUUGCUCUGUCGCAGAUAACUUUAUGGCUCUCCGGUUAGGCAUCCGUACCCUUAUCUUUGGCCUCCUACUUGUUCUUAGCAGUAUAGGGACAAGUAGUCAUAGUAGCAGAAAAGCUGCCCCCCAAAAGAAGUCACGUAAUUCUACUUCCUUCAGCUGCAGCUCAUUUCCGGCAGGUUUCAUAUUCGGGACAGCUUCCGCGGCUUACCAGUUCGAAGGGGCUGCAAAAGAAGGUGGUAGAGGACCGUGUGUAUGGGACGCCUUUACUCACAAGUAUCCAGAGAAGAUCAAGGACCACAGCAGUGGAGAUAUGGCUACUGAUCAAUAUCAUCGGUACAAGGAAGAUGUGAAGAUGUUGAAGGACAUAGGUUGGGAUGCUUACAGAUUCUCAAUCUCAUGGUCUAGACUGUUACCAACUGGAAAGCUGAGUGGGGGUGUGAACCAGGAAGGAAUCAAAUAUUACAAGAAUCUCAUCAACGAGCUUCUAGCAAAUGGUAUAAGCCCCUACGUCACACUCUUUCAUUGGGAUACGCCCCAAGCUUUAGAAGAGGAAUACGGUGGUUUCCUAAGCCCUCAAAUUGUGAAUCAUUUCCAGGACUUUGCAGAGCUCUGCUAUAAAGAAUUUGGUGACAAAGUCAAGCAUUGGACUACACUAAAUGAGCCGCAUACAUACAGCGUCAAUGGUUAUGCAACCGGGGGAAUGGCACCAGGCAGAUGUUCUGCUUGGAAAAAUCCUAAUUGCACCGGUGGCGAUUCAGGGACUGAGCCAUAUUUGGUGUCACAUCACCUACUUCUAGCUCAUGCCGCUGCUGUGAAGGUGUACCGAGACAAAUUUCAGGCAAAACAGAAGGGUUUGAUAGGGAUAACGGUAAACACAGGAUGGUUUGUGCCAUAUUCCGACUCAAAGCGUGACCAAGAUGCUGCACAACGAGCAAUGGAUUUCAACCUCGGAUGGUUUAUGGAUCCCGUAACACAUGGUGACUAUCCGCACAUCAUGAGAUCUCUUGUUAGAAAUCGAUUACCCAAGUUCACUAAAGAGCAAUCACAUAUGCUAAAAGGAUCAUUUGAUUUUGUUGGGUUGAACUACUACUCCGGUGGUUAUGCAGCGGAUUUAGCUAAACCUGAUCCUAAGCAACCAAGCUACACGACAGACUCCCUCGUUGAUACUACAUCCGAACGUAAUGGUGUACCUAUUGGUCCGGUGGCGGCUUCAUCGUGGCUCCUUGUCUUUCCUCAAGGAUUUCUAGAUCUAUUGCUCUACACAAAGAAAAAGUACAGUGACCCGAUUAUUUAUAUCACUGAAAAUGGAGUGGAUGAGGUGAAUGAUCCUACAUGGUCGCUUGAGAAAGCUCUUAACGAUAGUAAAAGAAUUGAAUAUUACGAUCAACAUCUUCAGAAACUUCAUGCAGCAAUUAAGGCUGGCGUUAAGGUAAAGGGAUACUUUGCAUGGUCAUUCCUUGAUAACUUCGAGUGGGCUGAUGGUUACACUGUUAGAUUUGGCAUCGUCUAUGUGGAUUUCAACAAUGGGCUCAAAAGACACCCUAAAGCCUCAGCAAACUGGUUCAGGAAUUUUCUUAAAAAGUCUAAACAAUCAGGAAAGAGAACCUCUCACAAAUCUGAAUCACUAGAAUGAGAGGUCGAUGAAGAGUUUUUAUAUUCCACAAUGUGUACAUAUAUUAUCUAUGUAAAAAGCGUAAAUUAAUUAUAAUACAAGAAAUAUAUACAUAUACUUCA